AUGUCGUGGUGGGGACGUGUUAGAUUGGACGAAGAGGAACAGCCCGAGGCGUCGCAAUGGCCCGUGGAACUGCCCACGCUCUCUUACUUCGAGCGUAUGGCCCUGUUUGCAGUCACAUUGAUCGGCUCUUUCGUCUGCUACGGCCUGUGUCUUAUUCUACUCCCAUUACUAUCCCUCAAGCCCCGGAAGUUUGCCGUGCUAUGGUCGCUCGGAUCAAUCUUAUUUUUGACCUCGUUCGCCUUCAUGAACGGAUUGUCCAAGUUUACCGCCCAUUUGAUUUCCAAAGAACGUCUCUGGUUCACCAUCUCGUUUAUCGGGUCUAUCGUGGCAACCCUUUGGUUCUGUCUUGUUUGGAAGUACACCCUGGUUGUCAUAAUUUGUGGAGCAAUCCAGUUGAUAGCUUCUAUUGCCUAUACAGUCAGUUACUUCCCUUAUGGACGCCAAGGACUCAGUCUCACCGGAACGGCUGCCAGAGCCCAGCUAGACAGCUGGAUCAAUAGCUAA